UGUAAAACACUUAAACGUUCGACGAGCACCCAGUGCGACAGAUCAUAUCUAAAAGUCUGAGAGAUCUACAAAAAAAAACAAAAAGCUUGAUAACCAGCCAACGUCUAAUAAAAUUGUUAUUGAGUUUAGCGAUUUACAAGAUCUAUAAAUAAGCUUCCAAGUAACCUUGUAAUUGUAAUCAUGGGACUGACGCGCGUGCUGGUGAAGGAUGGCGGCUUCGGCACCCAGAUGACCGUCCAUGUGGGCAACUCCGUGGAUGGGGAUCCGCUGUGGAGUGCCCGGUUCAAUGCCACCAAUCCGGCGGCCAUUAUCAGCACCCAUCUGGAUUUUCUGCAGAAUGGAGCCGAUAUUAUCCUGACCAACACCUAUCAGUCCAGUGUCGAGGGUUACAUGGAGUAUCUGGAGCUGGACGAGGAGCAGAGCAUCGAGCUGAUAAGGAACACGGUCCGUUUGGCACACAUUGCCAAGGAGCGCUAUCUCACCGAGUGCUAUCAGGCCCAGCUGGCGGUUCCGGAAGGUUACCCAUUGGUCAUCGCGUCUAUUGGACCGUAUGGCGCCCAUCUGCACGAUGGAUCCGAAUACACCGGCAGCUAUGCCGACUAUGUGCCCGCCAAGGAGAUUACGGAUUGGCAUCGCGUGCGGAUUGAAGCCUGCUUGGAGGCCGGCGUGGAUGCACUGGCCAUCGAGACGAUUCCCUGCCAAAUGGAGGCGGAGGCUCUGGUGGAGAUGCUGUGCGAUGAUUAUCCGGACGUUAAGUUCUGGGUGGCCUUCCAGUGCAAGGACGAGAACACAUUGGCGCAUGGCGAGACCUUUGCGGAUGCGGCGAAUGCCAUUUGGGACUUGUUGGCGGAGCGAAAUGCCCAGGAUAAAUGUCUGGCCAUCGGUGUUAACUGUGUGCAUCCCAAAUUCGUGACUCCGCUGUUCAAGAGUUUGAAUGGAGAGCGCGAAGUGGAUGAGCAGAUUCCCCUGGUCGUGUACCCAAACAGUGGUGAAGUCUACGACGUGGUCAACGGCUGGCAGGGAAGGGAGCACUGUGUUCCCCUCGCCAAUUACGUCCCAGAGUGGGCGCAACUGGGGGCCAAGGUCAUCGGCGGGUGCUGUCGAACCUAUGCGCGGGAUAUCCGCCACAUUGGAGAAGCCAUUCGCAACUGGAACAAACUGAAGAAGCUCUCCUAAGUGUUAGCAAAAAGAACUGGGUAUCUCAGUAACUUCAAACUGAACAAAAUUCAUUUCGAAUUUGUCUUGUAAAUAUGCGUAAUUAGUUAUUAAGACUUAAAACUUAAUUAAAUAAAGACAUGUUUAAAAAAAUAUCGCUCUU